AUGUUGGCCAUUGGGCAGCCACGUGACAGUCUUCCUGCGCCAACAGCUGGGCCCAGGCAGCGCGCCGCCAGUAUAACGACUGUGAAGGGUGCUCGAGUUGGCUCCUGCUUCGCGCAAGCUGGUCUCCGCCUACUAGUGCCCUGUGCGCUUGGUUGGCGCCGCAGUGUCCGACGAUGUCAGAUUCAGGCAUUGCCUGGUGAGAUUCGUUUUCAACCCGUUGACACAGGCGGCUGGAGGGAAGCCCUCCGACAUCAGGGCGUAGCAGUUCUCGAAGGAGUUCUGCCACAGGUGGAACUGAAGGCAACUCUGGAAGACAUCUGGUCAUGGUUGGAAGGUGUCGGCAGCGGAGGCUCGGUUUCCAGAUUCGAUACAUCCACUUGGACAAUGGGCGACAGUCGAUGGCCGAAGGACAACAUGUCCACUGGUAUCGUUUGUGUGCGAGGUGCUGGGCAGUCAGCAGGAGCAUGGAGGGUCCGCGGGCAUGCUGCUGUGCAGGCGGCCUUUGCGCGCUUUUGGGACGUGGAGCCCUGCAAGCUGCUGACUUCCAUGGAUGGUUUGAUCCUUUGGCGUCCCUGGCAGCAGAAGCCUUCUAGUGUCCUGGAACCCUGGAAGACGCGAGGCAGCUGGUUGCACGCAGACCAAAAUGUCUACCGACGCCCCGAAUUGCAGGCCAUCCAGGGCCUGCUGACCAUCACUGCAGCUGAUCCCCAGCAGACCGGGGGCUUCGUUUGUGUGCCAGGCAGCCACUUGCCGGAAGCGCAGCAAGAGUUGUGUGACCUGCUGGGCGGCCCACGGCUCCGCAAGCGAGGCGACUUCUUGGCGCUGCCCGAGGGUGCCGCCUUGGGCACCGGCGCAUUGGGUGUGUCUCUGCGGCCCGGGGACCUGCUCCUGUGGGACGCCCGACUGCUCCAUGGGAGCGAGCCAGCUCCGGGUGUGGAAGCUGAAGGACAGGAAGCUCAGCCGACGCCACCCGAACUGCUGCGCGUGGCCGUUCCGGUUUGCAUGGUUCCACGCAGCUUUGCUGAGGAUCAGGAGCAGCUGGCUGCAUGGAGGCAGAAGGCUGUCGCCCAGGGCAUCACAACCAAACAUUGGCCACACAGACAGCGCGUGCAGGGGGAAGCAGCAGGACCCGACUACAUGCCACCGGAGCUCUCCGAUGACAUGCUCCGCGAACGGUAUGUGGUCAGCCACACAGAUCCCGUCCUCUGUCUCCGCUCCAAUCUUACAAGAAGUGUCAUUUUUGACGAGUGGCAGACGAGUGCACACACCAGCAAGGAGUACUCGGAUCAGUGCCACUGCCUGCAUGUCUUACUGUUUCGCUUCAUCCGCAGCUUCCGAAUCGAUUGCCUGAAGAAUGCAGUGAUCGAGUUCAUCAGCAAGGAGAUUGGGUCCAAGUUCGUGGAUCCCCCUACCUUUGACAUCGCGAAGUCCUAUGCCGACUCUGUGAGCACGACGCCCCUGAUUUUCAUCCUCAGCCCGGGCACCGACCCCGUGGCCGAUGUGAUCCGCUUCGCCGAGCAGUUGGGAAUGUCGAAGAAGUUCGAGCCGAUAUCGUUGGGGCAAGGGCAAGGGCCCAAAGCCCAGCGAAUGAUCGACUCGGCGAGGCAGAGCGGAGGCUGGGUGCUGCUUUCCAACUGUCACUUGAUGCAGUCCUGGAUGUCAACACUGGAAGCAAUUGUGGAGCAGCUCGAUCCGGAGACGAUGUCGAACAACUUCCGGCUUUGGCUCACCUCCAUGCCGGCGAAGACAUUCCCGGUUCAGGUUCUGCAGAAUGGUAUCAAGAUGACCAACGAGCCUCCCUCUGGGCUUCGAGCCAAUCUGCUGCGAUCGUACAGCUCGGUCACAGAUCGGCUCUUCGAGGAGUCGGACAAGCCCGGCGUCUUCAAGACGCUAUUGUUCGGCUUUUGCUUCUUCCACGCUGUAGUCCAGGACCGCCGAAAGUUUGGGCCCAUCGGCUGGAACAUUCCCUAUGGCUUCACGCCGGAGGACUUGGCAGUGUGUCGCCAGCAGUUGAUGCUCUUCGUGAACAAGUACAAGGACGUGCCGUACAAAGUUCUCAACUUCCUGGGGGCCCAGAUCAACUACGGUGGACGUGUCACUGAUGACAAAGACAAGCUGCUGAUAUCCACGAUCCUGGCUACAUACAUAUGUCCAGAAGCAGUGAAUGGAAUGGACCAAUACAAGUACUCCGCCAGUGGCCUCUACUAUGCCCCUCCCUCCGAGACGGUUGAGGACUUCAUCGAGUACAUCCGGAGCUUGCCGCUCUACCCGAUGCCCGAAGCCUUUGGCCUUCAUGACAACUGCAACAUCACCUGCGCGCAGGAUGAGGCUUUCAAGCUACUGGUUGGCAUGCAGAGCAUGGUCUCAGCCGGAGGGGGUGGCGGAGACGGCAAGUCUGCGGAUGAUGUCAUGGAUGCAACUGCAGCAUCCAUCCAAGACAAGCUUCCAAAACCCUUCCCGCUGGAUGUUUGCGAGCAGAAAUUCCCCACCAGAUACGAGGAAUCCAUGAACACUGUUGUGAAGCAAGAGUGCCUCCGUUACAACAAGCUACUUACAACCAUGGACAGCUCGCUCAAGGCAUUUCGCAAGGCCAUCAAAGGCCUGAUUGUCAUGACCGCCGAGUUGGAGGAGCUAGGGAAGCAACUCUUCAUUAACGAGGUACCAGAGAUGUGGUCCAAGAAGGGCCCUCUUUCGCUGAAGCCGCUGAGCAGUUGGUUUCCGGACAUUCUGGCGCGGGUGGCCUUCUUCCAGAACUGGAAUGAUUUGGGGCGCACGCCGCCGGUGCACUGGAUCAGCGGAAUCUUCUUCCCUCAGGCUUUCUUCACCGGUGCCAUGCAGAACUACGCCCGGAAGCAUGGCGAAGAGAUCGACCUCUUGUCCUUCUCGCAGAAGGUGAUGGACAACAUUGUCAACCCCAAGCGGGAAUUGAUUGUUGCUCCGGAGGAUGGUGUCUACAUCUACGGCCUCUUCAUGGAAGGCGCACGCUGGGACAACGACACCCACAUGGUCCAGGAGUCCCAGCCGAAAGUGCUCUUCACGGAAUUGCCUUCGCUUUGGUUCCUGCCCGUCAAGGACCGCAAGCCCAACGCGAAAGACUACCGCUGCCCAACCUACAAGGUCCUCUCACGCAAGGGGACGCUGCUCACGACCGGGCACUCGACGAACUUCGUUCUUUACCUCGAACUCCCUACAGAUCAGGCUUCAUGGAUUUGUCACUUAGCCACUCUCUCCCAGCGUUUUGCCGAAUCAACGGUCAGCUUCAGAGCAUACACGUGCAAAGUACAUGGAGAUUAG